AUGGCUGAACCACCCCCCAGCACGCAUCCCUCCCCCACCACCACUGGCACCAGCAGUGAACUUGGCUUCCUGGGAGAAGCCGCGGCGGCCGGGCCCGGCGGGGAGGCGGCGCCGCCCAGGGUGUCGGCCGGUGGCCCCCGGAGAGGCGGCUGCAGACUGCCGGGGGAUUCCAAGGAGCCAGUCGAGCCACGCUGCAGAGCCCGACUGGGACUGGCGGGAAAAACGAAACUAACUCUGAGGCGCGGGGUCGCGGUGGCCCUGUGCGGGAGGGGGCGGGUCGGUGUCCACGCCCGGCCGCGGGGACAGUCGCGGGAACGGCGCCCCGGAGCGCCCGGGCACCGAGAAGAGCGCAGCAGCCCUCAUCCCCAUGUCUGCAGCCGCCAAGCCUCCACCCCAGGGCGACCGUCCCAGGGGCCUCCUGGACCCCCGCCCAUCGGGGCCAGCCGCGACUCGCCUCCGCCCGUAGCUGCAGCAGAGACAGCGGCGCUGGGCGGCGCCCUGACCCAGUCCCCCAGGACCCGCGCGACCGAAGGGCGCCCCGGUCCUAACCGCCUGCGUCCCCUGCCGCCCCAGCCCGGCCUGCCUACCGCGCCCGAGGCCGCCUCCGCUCUUCGGCCGGGCCGCGCCCGCCGCAAAAAUAGAGUCGCCACCUCCCGUCGCCCCGGCGCCGGCGCCUGGAGCCUGGUUCCUGCCGCGAGCGCGCUGGCUGCCCGAGCGUGA